AGAGAUAAAUUAGUUAAAUUAGAGUCAGUAUUGACCCAGCCUGAGCACAUAGCUCUAGACAGUGUAGGUGUACACGCGGUGUACACAGACAGUGUCGAUGUACAGGCAGUGAACACAGACAGUGUACAUGUACAGGCGGUGUACACAGACAGUGUCGAUGUACAGGCAGUGAACACAGACAGUGUACAUGUACAGGCGGUGUACACAGACAUUGGAGAUGUAAAGUCGGUGUACAUAGACAAUGUAGGUGCACAAGCGGUGUACACAGACAGUGUAGGUGUACACGCGGUGUACACAGACUGUGUAGAUGUACAGGCGGUGUACACAGACAGUGUAGAUGUAAAGACGGUGUACAUAGACAGUGUAGGUGUACAGGCGGUGUACACAGACAGUGUAGAUGUACAGGCGGUGUACAUAGACAGUGUAGGUGUACAGUCGGUGUACACAGACAGUGUAGGUGUACAAGCGGUGUACACAGACAGACUAGGUUUGCACGCGGUGUACACUGACAGUGUAGGUGUACAAGCGGUGCACAUAGACAGUGUAGGUGUACAAGUGGUGUACAUAGACAGUGAUGAUGUACAAGCGGUGUACACAGACAGAGUAGGUUUACAAGCGGUGCACAUAGACAGUGUAGAUGUACAGGUAGCACACAUAGACAGUGUAAGUGCACAAGCUGUGUACAUAGACAAAAAUGUGUAA